UUGGCAACUCUAACUUGCAGUGCAAGGAAUAAACGAAAACGCAAUAAUUGUUAUUGCAAAUUUCUGAUAAAGGCGUUCAAAUCGAACCCUAAGCAAUAAAAAAGUGUUCAGCUUAAUACAUACAUUUUCAAAAGUGGCACAAGCAAUACCGAACUUGGCGUGCUUGUUCGUGUGUGUUUCCCAUUUUUGGUUUUACUAUUUAAGGGGCGGGGUGCAGAGAGGUUUACUGCAAAAAAGUGAUUUCUCGAUAAAUAAGCGUUCUCGGAAAUUCCAGACCGCAAUUGUUGCUUGUCGCAAAAAUGCAUCAGAGCAGAAGUAGCAAAACAGUGCUGGCCAUUAUUCUAUACGCUAUUUUGCAUACAGUUAAUUGUAAAGACGUUAUAAUAACUGCGCCACAACAUGCAUUGGUCGGCUCCACGGUGAAUGUGAGCGCCAUUUUAUACGAUGACAACAAAAUUGCCAGCAAGGACUCCUAUAAGUUCGAGUGGCAGGAUGGAGCGGGAAACAGUAAGCAAUUUGUGACGAGCGAUCCGAUCAGCAAUUGGACCAUAGACUAUGCAAAGAGUACAACAAAAUUGGGACAUCAUCGUCUAGCUGUCAACGUAAUGAAAGAGUACAUUUUUUGGGUGCUGGUGGCAAAGAGCUCAGUUGAAAUUACGGUGGUGGAUACGCUCACCGGGAGUCUGCAGCUCAUACAGGAUGAUAAAGCGCGAGUCGAGGACUAUGUCUCGACAAAGGAGCCAGUGAAUCAUAGCAUCGAACUGUAUCCAGCUGAUUCAAUGUACUUGAAGGCAAACAAUUACUACAUAAAUACGUACUGGUUUCAAAACUGUACAUAUCUAGGCAUGUCGCAUGCCUACAACUAUCAAGAAACAUAUCCCGUUCCGGAUAAAUACUAUGAUGUCGAAGUGCUGGUUGUGGCAUCUCCAUUCCCACCGCCAGAGCCAACAACAUCAACAACAACAACGACGACGACAACAACAACAACGACGACCACAACAACAACAACGCCCGCUACAACAACAUCCACAUCUACAACAUCAACUACAACACCAGCAACAACAACAACUACGUCAACAACACCAGCAACAACAACGACAACGCCAGCAACAACAACAACCACUACGUCAACAACACCAAAGCCUUCUCGCCAGAGGCGGGACACAAAUCAAACCAUGCACGCAAAUGCCAGAUUACUUGGUCUAAAUUUGGCUGCCGCUGUGCAACAACAAAUGCAGCAGAACAACAAUGGCAACAAUAGGAGUGUCAACAAAUCAUCUGUGGCAUUGAUAAAUCCAUUGGGUGUUCUCCGGCCGAGACAGCUGUUGCAGGCGCCGCCACCUCCAUACGAUUGUGUUGACGGCAACAUCAUUGCCAAGGAUCCAAAUAACACUUAUGGCUAUUUCAAGCGACGAAUUGUGACCAAAACACCCAUUUCGAACUUCUCCUCCAAGGGCAAGGCCUGGCUGCAGCAUUGGGAGCUAGUCGAUCUACAAAUCACCUGCAAUGGCUCACCGCCAUUCAAAGUCUGCACUCGAUAUUUUGACGCGCCUUACAAGAUCAUCGGCAACGAGACGUGCGACGAUGAUGUCGAGAUAAGGGAAACGUGCGACAUUCCUUAUGUUCGUUACUUUCUGGAGAGCAAGACAAUACUAUUUUUCAUAAGCAACGACGUCUCUGCGACCGUAAAGCCAGUUGCCAUUAACAUCUAUGAGGCCAAGCGACAAUCGCAGCUAUCAGUCGUUGUAGUGCCCAUCACCUGUACUUUGGUGGCCGUUUGUCUGGUCAUCUUUGGAGUCGCCUACUAUAUGCAGAGCCGUAAUCGCUUUACGGUGGAAGUGGCUGAUUUCAAUUUUGGUGAUACACAAUCGGUGGACAUGGAAUAUAAGACAUUCCAGCAGCGUUUAAUUGACAGCAUACGCGAUGCGUGGCCAUGGCCCAGGUGGCGUCGGUACUCGCAGUCCAGCACGGAUCUCAUGGCCGAGCAGCCAUCCAAUUCGGAUGGGUUUGGCGGCGGCAACGUUGGCGACGUCGACAGCAAUUUGCGCUACAACACGUUCAACUAAAAUCAAAAACAAAAAUAGGGCGUCAUUGCAAAUAUUGUUAUCUGUAUUAUUUAACCCAAUUUAAUUUAAAUUUAGUUUAUAAUUUUGAGUUUCUUUGAAAACGGUGCGUUUCGAAUUAUUUUUUUUUUUUUCAUUUUAUUAUGCGGUUUUGUUUGGUAAUGCGCAUACCAUCCCUGAAUUUACCAAUUGUCACGUUUAUUAUCCACAUAAAACGCACAUCUGCUCACCAAUUGCCAAAAUGACAUGCAAAAAUUAAUAGCAAAUGCAGCAACUUUAUGGAACGCAGCUGAAAUUCUCAUACAUGUUAAAGACUGUCUUUGUUCUAAAUACAAAAAUUAUAACAAGCAAAAGCGAGGAAGGAAAGGAUAUUUACUUAUGCUACAAGAAUUGUUUGUAUUAAUAAGUGUAAGCCUUAAGAUAUAAUGUCAUGUUCGUAAGCAUAAAUAUAGAACAGGCAAUAUGAUGGCAAAGACACAGCACAUACAUACAUCAAGUACAUACACAAAACUACCAAAACACACAACAACAAAAUAUAAUAUUCAUUGUGAUAGAACUAACAGUAUAUUUGUAUGUUUAAAACAAAAAUUUGAUCAUGAUAAAAGCUACUGAAAGUACAUGGUUUGUGCCGAACCAAAUGAAAAGUCUUAAUAGGAUGACAUUCAAUUAAAUACACAUAUGUAUAUAAUAUUUAAA